AGGUUCCUUCCAAGAGCAAGAUUGGUGUGUCUCUUUGUAGUACCCAAGAUUUGUUACAACAACUACGUACGUGUGGCAAGAAGUGUUGUUCUUUUCUAACGCUUAGACCUGCUACAUAAGUAGGUAAGUACAUUCUUUUUUCGCAGGCCUAGCAGAAAAAAGAAGAACUUUCGCAGCCAGCCCACCUGGAUCGUCGGUUCUUAACAUUGUACUACGAAAUUUUUCUGCUGGAGUUCUGGACGACCGGGCCGGCGUCGAAAUGAAACGUCCAAAUUUAUUGCGCAGUCCGGUCCCGAGGCGAGCGAUGCGGCGCGCGCUGGUGUUGCCAUCUCUAGCGGCGCAGGGUCUGCGAAUGCCUGGAAAUAAUGGGAGCAGCACUCCGACCGUGCACGGGGAUAGUGAAAAACAGCCGCCAAGCACUCCUUCAUCCGCGACGCCGCUUCUGCAGAAAGGUACAAACGUGAACAAGCGAAAUGAAGUGGGAAGAACACAGAAAAGCUUGCCUCUGUUGAACAGGCGCAAGGGGAAGAAAAAAUCGCUUCUUCAAGAAAAGGAAUCAGCAACUACAGACACUGCAGCUCGUCCUGCUCAGGUCGUCCUGGCUACAGCAUCAACUACUUCAUUAUCUUCUCCUGUUUAUUCCGAAGCCAGAACUACCGCGGAGUCGGAUGGAGAUGAAAAUCAAUCCUUUACCGAAAGAACAAGACAAAAACAGUUCAAACUCGGCCGAUUGCCACCCACUCCAACGUUGGUCGCUGCCCAUGCGACCGUCGCACCAACAUCGACCGUCGAACCUUUACCCGCGCCAGCGAGAACCUUCUGGGAAAACGAAGACUGCAACUACCACAGCGUGAAGUUCUCCAUGAUAACAGACACAAACGGCGACUUUCUCGAAAACCGAUCGUUCGAAACCUACGUCACUCUUCCGAAAGGCGUUGGAUUACUCCACGACAGUAAAUUAGAAUCAUGGAAGCAACACAAGUUACACCGGGUCGUGAUUAUUCUCCAGCCGGAGUACACUAGAAACGUGUCGAAAAAACAAACGAAGGAAACCUGCAACGAGUGGGCAAAAUGGUUCAAAAAUGAGAAUCCUUACGCAGAUGUCACGGAAGAUGGGCAAACCCAUUUGAUCGUCCCGUAUUUUCGCCCGGACACGGACUACGACAUUGAACAUCGGUAUUUCAUGUGGGGAAACGAACUAGAGGAUACGCCGUACGGAGUCGACGGUUCUUUAUUCCACGCCCACCACGGGCACAAAUCGACCAACGCCGGGCUGCAGAAGACUUCGUUUGAAAUUUUGGACCUGAUGAUCGAGAAACUAAUCCCCCGGGUGAAAACUCAAAUUUUGAUCGUCGGCCAAGCGGGACAGCGGUAUGCGAUGAUGAGCAAUUUUGAUGUAUUUUCGUUACAAGACGAAGAUUCGUCUACCCACGUCAACCGCAUCGAUAUUCUUUUCGGGCAGGAGAAUUAUCAACUGCAAAUAUUUCUGGGCGUGGAUGAACAAAGCGAAUGCUUGUCAUGCAGUUUUAGCAUUUACGAGUGAAUGCGGAAUGUUCACAGAGCAUGACAAAAAAUUUAGCGAGGGCUUCUCCAUGCCUCGGCUGCAUGAGAAGUUCCCUCUGGUCCUCCUGGAGACAAAAAGCGGCGAUCUUUUGCUGUGUUUAAUAAAUGCAACACAGAUUUUUGUGUUGUCGAGACUCCGCAUCACAAAUUCCAGGCCCAGACUCAUAUUUGCAUUCGAUAAGAAUUCCUACGGCUACUUGGAUGCGAAAAGAACCACGGGAGACUGGAAACUAAAAAACUGCCGGGGCCUAUCCAAGAAAAAAACGUUGUUAGUGUAAAUUUGUGAUGCGCAACAUGCAAGACGAUUGCGUCUGUCAUGCUUGGUCUGCAUCGUAGGGCCCAUUAAAGGACGUUUUCACGUACUCUCUGCGCAUGACAGGUUUUUGCUGUCAUGCCAGACAAAUUUGUAAUGCUGUUCCUUCAAAAAAGUUACACGACCUACAAUGUUUUUGUCUUGGAUAGGGCCCGAACGAAAAUAACGGGAAAAACAAGUGUGAUCCACCAGGCGAAAAUGAUUGGACCGAAACGCUGAAACAAGAACUGCCGGAAACGGCGCAAGGUUCGAAUUUGCUGUACGCGUGGUUUUCCAAAACGAAAGAAGAAAAGUACGAUUUCGCGGACAACGUGCUGCAGGGGGAGACGGAGAAUUAUUUGCUACAGCAGCUUCCACAAUCAAAAUACGCGUCUUCGACUUCUUCGUCAGGACUUGCACAAGAACCAGAGCAGUACCUCCACGAGCACGUUUUUCCCCGGUUCAAACUUCACUUCACUAUCGAUCCCAACGACCGCUGCACGGCACUGCACAAACACGAGCCGGAGGUUUUGGAUGAAGUUUUCAAGAAGAUUUACGACGACUCGAAGAAACUAAAGGAUCACCAUUCCGAGUGGCUGUACGAAAAGGGUUUCUGCACUACUGUAUUACAAUGAAAAAUGCCGCCACCCCCGAACUUGGGAGCAUUUGUAUUGCAAACCUCUCCAAAUGAAACAUUCGCCCUCUUGCAUCUAUCAGCAUCACAAAUUUUCUAUGCUGAAUAGGCCAAAUUUGUGUUGCGAAGUAGCCCAACAGCAGCCGGAUCUCUUAUGCACAAGGCACCUUGCGCACCCAGAUUCUGCAUCAGAAGCGCUCGCAAUCCUUUUAUGCAAGACAAAAAGCUUUCAUUUGGAAACUUUGCAUGACAAACUUCUGCAAAUUCCGGGGUGGGGGCACUUUUCACUGUAAUAGACUGCCAGUAGUGCGUCGUUCUCCGCGAAGGAAACCGACGUUUCUAGACUGGCGUUUUCGCAGGGACUCCACCGGUUUCAGCGGGCGAAGGCCUGGGAGUUUUGGAUGCGGGAGAAAGUGGAUAAAAUUGUCGACGAUCUAGUUGAUGUUCAUCCGGAGAUGAACUCUGAAGAUGUUGCGGGUAAAAACAACAUCAAAGACGAGUACUUGAGCAACAAUUUCCAAGUGUACAACUGCGAUCAGUACAUGAGCGGAAGUAAAAAAUGUCGGCACAACCUGGACUUUAUGAAACACCUUUUAGCAGCACCAGCACCAGCAGCUGCUGUGCCCGGGCAGGAAGAGGACGAACAAAUUCAUGGUCUCCUCCGAACACAGGCAACGAAACUUACACCGGGCGGGAUAAUCAGCACACGAUAUGGAGAGAAAAAAGUUUGUCACAGUCACUAACUUGCAGGGUUUGCAUUACAAAUUUUUUUAGCAUCACAAAGUUUUCUUGUAUUGCAGAAACACUAGGGAAAUCCCUUAUGAAGUUCGGCUGUGAUGCAUUUUUACGCAAGACAGAAAGUUUUGUAUUGCAAAAAUGCGCAUGAGUGAUCGUGACGAACUGUUUUUGUUUGAUACACGACCUGUCGUGUCAACUACGCCAGAACCUUCGGAGGUCGACUUGGCACUUCAAUCGGCGACUAGAAAAAUCGAAUUUCUGAAAACAAAAGCCGACAACUCGUGA